AUGUCUCCUCAAAUUUUCUCGAAACCAUCUUUUCUGGCCAUUUUCGAGGUAAUACCACAGAACUCCAACUUUAUCUUGAAGUUUUGACAUUACUGGAUUUCCGAUGUUCAUCUUGAACUUCAGAUCUAGACCUUCAGGAGCUUACAUACCUAAUUCGAUAUUCUAUCAGUGAGUUCUAUCAAUAAAAAUGCGAUUCUAAAGUUCCUGAUGGUCUGAAGUUCAAGAUAAACACCUGAAACCAAUUUUCUAGAUGUUCGUACUGGAGACAUCAGUGCAGAUCUUAGGAUAGAUGAAAUUUGAAUGUUAAAAUCGGAUAUGAGAUAUUAGGCAUAGUAUUUUCAGCAAGAAAUAAUGAAAAUUUGAAAAUUCUGAAAAACAAUCUCACAUUUGCAGGGAGGCGCUUCUGGAGGAGGUGGAUAUUCUGGAGGUGGAGCCGCCGAAGUUGCACCAGCCCCAGCACCAGCACCUUCAAGUGGAGGAGGAUAUUCAGGAGGAGUAGGUGAAGAAGCUGCGCCAGCACCCUCAGGUGGAGGAUAUUCAGGAGGUGGUGAAGAAGCCGCGCCUGCCCCAGCAUCAGGAGGAUAUUCUGGAGGUGGAGGCGAAGCUGCCCCAGCUGCACCAUCAGGAGGAUAUUCUGGAGGUGGAGGCGAAGCUGCCCCAGCCGCACCUUCAGGUGGAGGAUAUUCUGGAGGCGGAGGUGAAGCUGCACCAGCUGCACCAUCGGGAGGAUAUUCAGGAGGAGGUCAAGAAGCCGCGCCUGCCCCAGCUGCACCUUCAGGAGGAUAUUCUGGAAGCGGAGGUGGAGAAGCUGCUGCACCAGCCCCAUCAUCAGGUGGUUAUUCGGGAGGAGGUUCUGCAGGAGACGCAGGAGGUAGCAACUAUUCGGGAGGAGGCGAUGCAGCCCCACCUCCACCUCCCCCACCUCCACCUCCACCUCCACCAGCACCAGCUCCAACUUAUUCAGGAGGAGGAGGUGAAGCUGCACCAGCCCCAGCUGCUGCCGGAGGGUAUUCUGGAGCCGGGGGAGCUCCAGCUGGAGCAAAUUACGAUGAAGCUCAAGAGGAGGUUGAAGAGUACGAAGGGGGUAACCAAGGAUUCAGAAACCGACGAUUCUCCAAAGGCGCCAUCACUGCUGAAGAAUCGGAUGUCUGCAACUCAGUAAGACUUCGGAAACUCAUCAGACAGGUAGGCACGGUAUUCUAGGUUUUUUCUCUAAAUUCUCCUUCAGAGUCUCACCGACGAGCCGGAAUCCUCAAUGCAAAAGCUCGCCCUCCGCGUCAAAAACCGUCUAGUCAGUGGCGAAUUCUACGUGGCUUGCGGUGAGCAAGGAAUCGCCCCGUUGGACGGAGAGCUCCGCGAGCAUUGUUUCGUCAAAACCGACACCUUUGCCUGUUAUGUUUUGAGAAAAGCCUAA